GGUGCUUGGACCACCAUAAAAAACCCAAGGAAGAGCAUGAUCAGGAGAUUCGAGCGGAGCUGCUGCUGGGGUGCAGAGCUCCUGAGCAGAGACUUCGAGCGGAGCUGCUGCUGGGGUGCAGGGCUCGGGAGAAGGCUGCUGAAGUCUCUGGAGGAGACUGUUGGAGGCAUUGGGCAGAGUACUGGCUUGGCGCAGUACUCGUGCUGUGUAGGUCUUGGGACCUGUGGCUUAGUUCCUGUGAUGAACUGCCCUCUGAACUACAUUAAGUAUUUUGUGGAACACUACCAGGUUGUAUCAUCCCAGACACUACAUCUUCAGUAUUGCAAGAAGAGCAACACUUGUAACUUGAAUGAAUUUUUAACUGGCCAGCACUUGAUAGAAAAUUACAAGUUGGUAAUAAUGUAGGUAAGAAUUUUCAGAAAAAUUUUUUUUAAACUUAGGAAAAAAAAAAAUUCUUCAGUGUGUUUUACACACACAAAAAAAUCAUGGCAGUCUUUUAAGACACAAAACUCUAUUAGUGCUCAUAAGUAGAAAUAGUUUUGCCUAAAAGAUUUGUAAUAUGGUAAUAUAUUCAUGAGGAAUAUUGUGUCUUCAGUGUCCAAAAUAGUUUACCAAAAUAAUAAAUCUUGAAAUAUGUAUGAGAGUACAUAAAGAUUAAUGAUACCACUGUUGAAUGAUUAAUUAUUGUAAAAUGAAAUACCAUCUCUUGAAAAGUAUGAAAGAACAUAAAAAAAAUAAACCAUUUCAGUGUUCAGAGUGUCUGAAAUGUUUUACUCGAAAAAUCAAUCUUGUGACACAUAUGCGAAUACAUACAGGAGAUAAACCAUUUCAGUGUUUAGAGUGUCUGAAAUGUUUUACUCGAAAAAUCAAUCUUGUGACACAUAUGCGAAUACACACAGGAGAUAAACCAUUUCAAUGUUCAGAAUGUCUGAAAUGUUUUACUAAAAAAAUCAAUCUUGUGACACAUAUGCAAAUACACACAGGAAAAAAACCAUUUCAGUGUUCAGAGUGUCUGAAAUGCUUUAGCAUAAAAGCUCAACUUGUAGCACAUAUGCGAAUACACACAGGAGAUAAACCAUUUCAGUGUUCAGAGUGUCGGAAAUGCUUUACCAUAAAAGCUCAUCUUGUAACACAUAUGCGAAUACAUACAGGAGAUAAACCAUUUCAGUGUUCAGAGUGUAUGAAAUGUUUUACCAGAAAAGCCAGUCUUAUGACACAUAUGCAAAUACACACAGGAAAAAAACCAUUUCAGUGUUCAGAGUGUCUGAAAUGUUUUACUCGAAAAAUCAAUCUUGUGACACAUAUGCGAAUACAUACAGGAGAUAAACCAUUUCAAUGUUCAGAGUGUCUGAAAUGUUUUACUCGAAAAAUCAAUCUUGUGACACAUAUGCGAAUACACACAGGAGAUAAACCAUUUCAAUGUUCAGAAUGUCUGAAAUGUUUUACUAAAAAAAUCAAUCUUGUGACACAUAUGCAAAUACACACAGGAAAAAAACCAUUUCAGUGUUCAGAGUGUCUGAAAUGCUUUAGCAUAAAAGCUCAACUUGUAGCACAUAUGCGAAUACACACAGGAGAUAAACCAUUUCAGUGUUCAGAGUGUCGGAAAUGCUUUACCAUAAAAGCUCAUCUUGUAACACAUAUGCGAAUACAUACAGGAGAUAAACCAUUUCAGUGUUCAGAGUGUAUGAAAUGUUUUACCAGAAAAGUCAGUCUUAUGACACAUAUGCAAAUACACACAGGAAAAAAACCAUUUCAGUGUUCAGAGUGUCUGAAAUGUUUUACUCGAAAAAUCAAUCUUGUGACACAUAUGCGAAUACAUACAGGAGAUAAACCAUUUCAAUGUUCAGAGUGUCUGAAAUGUUUUACUCGAAAAAUCAAUCUUGUGACACAUAUGCGAAUACAUACAGGAGAUAAACCAUUUCAAUGUUCAGAGUGUCUGAAAUGUUUUACUAAAAAAAUCAAUCUUGUGACACAUAUGCGAAUACAUACAGGAGAUAAACCUUUUCAGUGUUCAACAUGUCUGAAAUGUUUUGGCCAUAAAAGCAGUCUUGUGAAACAUAUGCAAACACACACAGUUGAUAAAACAUUUCAGUGUUCUGAGUGUCUGCAGUGUUUUAGUUAUAAAAGCAGUCUUGUGAGGCAUAUGCAAGCGCAUGCGGGAACUAAACCAUUUCAGUGUUCAGAGUGUCUGAAGUGUUUUAGUGUAAAAAGCUAUCUUCUGAGACAUGUAGGAAUGCAUACAGGCGAUAAACCAUUUCAGUGUUCAGAGUGUAUGAAAUAUUUUACCAGAAAAUCCACUCUUAUGACACAUAUGCGAAUACACACAGGAAAAAAACCAUUUCAGUGUUCAGAGUGUCUGAAAUGUUUUAGUCUAAAACGCUAUCUUGUGACACAUAUGCAAAUACAUUCAGGAGAUAAACCAUUUCAGUGUUCAGAGUGUCUGAAAUGUUUUACUCAAAAAAGCAAUCUUGUGACACAUAUGCGAAUACAUACAGGAGAUAAAUCACUUCAAUGUUCAGAGUGUCUGAAAUGUUUUACUAAAAAAAUCAAUCUUGUGACACAUAUGCGAAUACAUACAGGAGAUAAACCGUUUCAGUGUUCAGCGUGUCUGAAAUGUUUUGGCCAUAAAAGCAGUCUUGUGAAACAUAUGCAAACACACACAGUUGAUAAACCAUUUCAGUGUUCAGAGUGUAUGAAAUAUUUUACCAGAAAAGCCACUCUUAUGACACAUAUGCGAAUACACACAGGAAAAAAACCAUUUCAGUGUUCAGAGUGUCUGAAAUGUUUUAGUCUAAAAUGCUAUCUUGUGACACACAUGCAAAUACAUUCAGGAGAUAAACCAUUUCAGUGUUCAGAGUGUCUGAAAUGUUUUGCUCAAAAAAGCAAUCUUGUGACACAUAUGCGAAUACAUACAGGAGAUAAACGAUUUCAAUGUUCAGGGUGUCUGAAAUGUUUUACUAAAAAAAUCAAUCUUGUGACACAUAUGCGAAUACAUACAGGAGAUAAACCGUUUCAGUGUUCAGCGUGUCUGAAAUGUUUUGGCCAUAAAAGCAGUCUUGUGAAACAUAUGCAAACACACACAGGUGAUAAAACAUUUCAGUGCUCUGAGUGUCUGCAGUGUUUUAGUUAUAAAAGCAGUCUUGUGAGGCAUAUGCAAGAGCAUACAGGAACUAAACCAUUUCAGUGUUCAGAGUGUCAAGUGUUUUAGUGUAAAAUGCUAUCUUCUGAGACAUAUAGGAAUACAUACAGGAGAUAAGCCAUUUCAGUGUUCAGAGUGUCUGAAAUGUUUUACUCAAAAAAUCAAUCUUGUGACACAUAUGCAAAUACAUUCAGGAGAUAAACCAUUUCAGUGUUCAGCAUGUCUGAAAUGUUUUGGCCAUAAAAGCAGUUUUGUGAAACAUAUGCAAGUACAUACAGGAGAUAAAACAUGUUAGUGUUUAAUGUAUCAGGAAUACACCUACCAUCCGACUUACGACCUUCUCAACUUACAACCACUCGACUUAUGACCGUGUUUUUUAUGCCAAAUUUCUGGGAAAUAAACAACUAUUUGUGUUGUA